GAGCUGAGGAGCCCUGGGGAGUCUCAAAGUUUGUGUCCGGAGCCUUAGCGGAGAGUGGGCUUGUUGAGAAGGGAUUUCUGGGAAUGAGAGCUGAUUUCCUGUCUUUCUUUUGGAUGCACACCCUGCUUUCACCUCCUCAGCCUUCGGUCUGACCUCAGGACCGUCACUCUCCUCCAGGGAAUCUCAGGUCUCCGAGGACACCGGACCGGAGCCCUUGGCAGUUCCUUCUGAGGCAGAGAAGCGAACGUUUUCCUUCCUAAGUGCAUAAGCUACACGCACACGCACGCACGCACACACACACACACACACACACACACACAUACACUCGUGUGGAGGCGAAUCUCGCCCUCCGAGGCCCUGCCGGCUCCCCUCCUGCCCUCAGCAUCCUCGGCCCAGCGCGCCUCGGACCACCAUGGAGGUGCUGGAGAGCGGGGAGCAGAGCGUCCUGCAGUGGGACCGCAAGCUGAGCGAGCUGUCAGAGCCCGGGGAAACAGAGGCUCUCAUGUACCAUACGCACUUCUCUGAGCUUCUGGAUGAGUUUUCCCAGAACGUCUUGGGUCAGCUCCUGAAUGACCCUUUUCUCUCCGAGAAGACCGUCUCCAUGGAGGUGGAGCCGUCCCCAACAUCCCCGGCACCUCUCAUCCAGGCUGAGCACAGCUACUCCCUGUGUGAGGAGCCUCGGGCCCAGUCACCCUUCACCCACGUGACCACCGGGGACAGCUUCAAUGAUGAUGAAGUAGAGAGUGAGAAAUGGUACCUGUCUGCAGACUUUCCAUCCACAACCAUCAAGACGGAGCCGAUCACAGACGAGCCACCCUCAGGACUUGUUCCGUCUGUCACGCUGACCAUCACAGCUGUCUCUACCCCUUUGGAAAAGGAGGAACCCCCUCUGGAAAUGAACACUGGGGUUGAUUCCUCAUGCCAGACGAUUAUUCCUAAGAUUAAGCUGGAGCCUCAUGAAGUGGAUCAGUUCUUAAACUUCUCUCCUAAAGAAGCCUCCGUGGACCACCUGCACUUACCGCCCACCCCUCCCAGCAGCCACAGCAGCGACUCCGAGGGCAGCCUGAGCCCCAGCCCGCGCCUGCACCCCUUCGGCCUGCCGCAGACCCACAGCCCCGCCAGGGCCCCAGCGCGGGCCCCCUCGGCGCUGGCCAGCUCCCCACUCCUCACGGCGCCUCAUAAGCUGCAGGGGUCGGGUCCCCUGGUCCUGACGGAGGAGGAGAAGAGGACCCUGAUUGCCGAGGGCUAUCCCAUCCCCACCAAGCUGCCCCUGACGAAGUCCGAGGAGAAGGCCCUCAAGAAAAUCCGGAGGAAAAUCAAGAAUAAGAUUUCUGCCCAGGAAAGUAGGAGAAAGAAGAAAGAAUACAUGGACAGCUUGGAGAAAAAGGUGGAGUCCUGUUCAACCGAGAACUUGGAGCUGAGGAAGAAGGUGGAGGUUCUGGAGAACACCAACAGAACUCUCCUGCAGCAGCUGCAGAAGCUCCAGACUUUGGUGAUGGGCAAGGUCUCUCGCACCUGCAAGCUGGCCGGCACGCAGACUGGCACCUGCCUCAUGGUCGUUGUGUUAUGCUUUGCCGUUGCAUUUGGCAGCUUCUUUCAGGGCUAUGGACCCUAUCCUUCUGCCACCAAGAUGGCCCUGCCCAGCCAGCAUUCCAUGCAGGAGCCCUACACGGCUUCCGUCGUGAGAUCCAGGAACCUGCUGAUCUACGAGGAACACUCUCCCCUGGAGGAGCCGUCCAGUCCCGCCUCGGCUGGGGAGCUCGGGCGCUGGGAUGGGGGCUCCUCCCUGCUCAGGGCAUCGGGGCUGGAGUCCAGGCCAGAUGUGGAUCUCCCCCACUUCAUUAUCUCCAAUGAGACCAGCUUGGAGAAGUCUGUGCUGUUGGAGCUGCAGCAGCACUUGGUCAGCACCCAGCUGGAGGGGAAUGAAACACUAAAAGUUGUCGAACUCGACAGACGAGUGAAUGCCACCUUCUGAAGAAGCCAUUGCCACCCCCCUCUUUCUCUUCACUCUGCCUUUAUGUCCCCAAACCACCUUUAUCAUAAGCUUUUCCUAUUUGCCACCCGACCUUGAUGAAGACAUGGACAAGCAGUCGUAGCUUUGGAUGGGAGGACAGCCUGGGAUUCCCACCCGUGGUGAGAGAGCGCCGACCCCCAGCCCCACGUACCCGCCUCCCCCAUCACUUACGGCCAUAGGAAAUUAUUUUAGGGUCAGGGGUGGGACAAGCAGGCUGGUUUCUACUGACAGUGCUCAAAAGAUACUGCCGGAUUCUCACGGGGCUGUGGGGGUAUGUGACCACGUCUUUGAAGAAGAGCUGACUCUUGUUCAUUCAAGACCCCAGGCUCUAGCCACAAAAAUAUCAGGGUGCCUGUUGGAAUCUGGCAAAGCACUGACUGAUGUCCUGCCUUCUUCAGCCCGGGGCUCCGGGGCACGUGCUCCCAUCAGCCCUGCAAGUGCCAGGGCCUCCCGUGAGCUCCCCCUGCCGCUCUGCCCUGAUCUCUCGCUGACAGUCUGCCCGGCCCUGGAGCUGGAGCCAGGCGUCCGUCGCCUUCUUACUCUCAGGCCGCAAGUGCAAUGCCUGAAGGAAUCAGGCUUUUCUACUCCAGGCAAACCUGCCCCAUCUUGUUGCUUGUUAGGAUUUCACCACAGUCCGUGUCCCCCACACGCCCCUAGUUCUGCCUCCCUGGCUUCUCCUCCCCAUUUGUAAAUAGUAUUUAUUAGCAUGCUGAGGCUUCCCGCGGGCAACCACACUGAAGACGUCCAGACGCCUCCCUCCAGGCUACCAAGGUCUUCGGUUGGUUUUCAGAGCGAGGCGGGCCUCCUAGGCUCUUGGACCCCCUACCCUUCCAGGCCAUGUUUUGGUUUCUGCUCUUUGUGUACUAAAGGCCUAAUUGUAGUUGGGAGAUUUCCUUAAGCACGUCCUCCCAGAGCAGCAACUCAGAGGGAAAGGUGGAGCCGUGCCUUGCUUAGGUCUGGGUUCUGCGGACAGAUGCUCGUCUGUCCUGUGCCCACAGCAGCAGGGAUGGGAAACCCUGACAUUUCAGACAACUAUGCCAGCUUGCAUUUUCCCACAUCCCUGAGGCUGCUUCUUUCUCCUCUUCUGCCCCAACACAGGGCCAGAGCAGGGGUAGAGCUGAGGCCUGUUCCUGGGGUCGGCGUAGGUGACAUUUGUGUAUCCACAGUCUUACCUUUUAGAGUCAGGUUUGGCUACUUUGCAGCUCACCCAAAGAGAUACCACCUAAUCCCCCAACCUACUUUUAUUUUUUUUUUAAUGAUUAAAAGUAACUUUUGUAGUUUUAAAAAAAAUCUUUCCUCUUUCAUACAAAUAAGAAAUGGACUUUUUACUGUGUAAUGUAGAAGUCUCCCCUUAAAUGUGUUUCCCUAGCUUGUAAAAGAUUUUGCAUAAGAUACUUGUCACUUUUGGUAUUUUGUUUUCAGUCGGAGCUGAAGCACCUUUUGCUUCAACUCUCUCUCUGUCUCCGUUUCUCUCUUCAUCUACUUUGUCAUUGGAGCUUGUAUUGAGGAGGGAUUAAGCCACACCAGGGCCUUCCCUUUAUCUCCGAUACAGGAUUUGGUGCCAUUAGCAUUUGCCAUCAUACCUCAUAAGUGGGUCCGGACCUUCAGGGCUCACUGUCAGUGAUUCUCUCUCUCCUUGCUGUGAUGCAGAGUUCUGACUGGGAGACGGCCAAGUUCAUCUCCUUGGCUCUGUGGGAAAGCUGAAUCAGGAUUGCAGCGGUCCUGGCAGCCCUCGUGGUCCUUUGCACACCUGUCCCUGUCCCUUCCAUUGGCGAGGGAGGGCUGAGACCCCGGGGGGCUGCGUGGGCAGAGGGCUGCUAGCAUUCCUCAAAGCCCACUUCCCGCUCCUGCUUCUCUCUUUCUCCUCUCCUCCCCUUUUGCUCUAGAGCCUCUUGGGCCUGGCUGGGAUCUGCUAACCACGGGCCAUUAUUGAUCCAUCCUUCUCCUUAAAACGUCUCGUAAUUGUCAGGCACAGGCAGCCAGGAUAGGGGAUUAAAGUUAAGAUACAAUUAA